AUGAGUGAGAAGAAUGAAAAAAAGUUUGAUAAAAUCCUUGAGAGUAUUAGAUAUCAUGAAAAUGAGAAUAUUCUUUUAGAAAAUUUGAAUUCUCUUGAAAAAAAUUUAAGUAGAGAAGACAAGACUGUAAUAAUAAAAGUGAUAGAUAUAUUUUUGGAUGUUAAUAAUUAUUCUUAUGAUGGCAAUUUUUUAUAUGAUUACAAUAAAUUAAAUAAAAGAAAAGAUAUUAUAUUGAUUGAGAAAAAGAAAAAAUCGGAUAUUUGUGAUCAAUUUAAAGUUUAUAUAAGAAAUAAGAAUGUCGAAAAUAUAAAUGAAGAGGAUAGUUAUUAUAUCAAGUUAAGGAAACAAAAUUUAUGUAGUUAUAAUAAGAGCCGUAUAAAUUGUAAGAGGGUAUUAUUUGAAUACAUAUGUAAACAUGUAUUGAAUAAAUCUAUACAUAUAAAUUUUUUGGUAGAUAAAAUAUAUGCUGAUUUUAUGAUGAAACAAAAUAAGGACAUCAGUCAAAAUGAUAAAAUAAGUAAUAUGAAAAAUAAUAAUAAUAAUUAUGAUAAUUAUGAUAAUACUUAUCGAGGAGGUGACGUCUCCAAUUCUGAUAUUUAUAAAAAGCAUAUUAUAUGUAAUGAAGACCUCAUAAAUAUUUUAAUCAACACAAUAUUUCAAUUAUUUUAUGAAAAUAUAUCGAAUAAUGAUGAUAUAUAUAUGAACAACAACAAUAAUAAUAAUAAUAAUAAUUGGGAUCCUAAUAAUUUAUCCGGUUCUCAAAAUAAUAUACAUAAAAGUUAUCUCUUAUAUUCAAAAGAUAAAAACAGUGUUGAAGAAAAUAAAAAUAUGAACAAUUUCACCGAAACUAAGUAUGAACAUGUCUUCUAUUUAAAUUUGUUGAAAAAAAUAAUAAUUAUGAAUAAGUGUUUUGUCAAAAAUGUUUUUUCAAUUUUUUUAAAAAAUAUGGAGAAUAUUAAAUUCAAAAAUAUAAAACAAAAGGAAGCAAUAACAAAAGAGACAUUAAUAAUAUUUAAAGAAAUUAUUAUUUAUGUUAAUGAAUAUGAAAUAAGUACUAUAUAUAAUAUAUUUCUAAACAAUAAUGCUGUUCGUAAAAACAAGUAUUUGUAUAAUUAUAUAAUUAUCCUUUCGUUUGUAAAUCUUAGACAUAUAUACAACAUAUAUAAUUUGGAGGUAUGUAUAGAUUUUUUAUUAAACAGCAUUUUUUUAUAUAAUGAUAAGAUGAUAAAUAAUAAUAUAAGGGUGGAUAAAAAUGCUAUUGAUGGUGAAGAAAGUGUUAUGUAUUUAUUAGAAAAAGAAGAGGACGAUGAUGAUGAUAAUAACAACAACAAUAAUAAUAACAACAAUAAUAAUAACAACAAUAAUAAUAAUAUUAAUGUGUGUUGUUCAUUUAAUAAUGUUCUUUAUAGUUGUGAUGCUCAUAAAAUGACGUUCAAUAAUACCGACAAUUCAUUAAGAUACCAACAAAAGUUACAAAACAAAUAUCAUAAUCGUAUUUUUUUGGAUCACAUAAAUGAAGAUGAUAGUAAUAAAAAAAAUAUAAUUUUAUUUUUAUUUGUUAUUUCUUUAAAAAUAUAUGAUAUAAGUCAUGUUAACGGAUAUAUAGACAAACUUCUUAAGAACUUUUUAUUUUUAUUGAAGAAAUAUAAAUAUGCAUUUAUGAUUAAUGUACAUCACAUUAUAAAGACAAUGAUUUUUUUAUUUGUAUUAAUUUUUUAUAACGUACAUGUUGAUAAUAAUAAUACAAUCCUUCAUAUUUUAAAAUGUUUAGAUUUAUUAUUAGAGAUUUAUUAUAACAGAAGUGGAUUCGAUUUAGCAAAUAGAAAAGAUGAAAUUAGUGAGUACAAAGAAAGUACCUUGCUUGUUCAGGCAAAAAAAAAUAAUAAAAUUGGGGAGAAUAAAAAUGAUCAAAUAUUUGUUAAUAAUGAUGACAAUAAUAAUGAUGACAAUAAUAAUGAUGAUAAUUAUGAAGAUGUAAGAGUGUUAUAUUCCAAACCUGUUGAACAUUUUAAUAUAUUUGAAUUUAAUGUAUCACCUGUUUUAUUAUUUUUAAUUUUGCCCAUAAAUUUACAAUAUAAUAGUGUUCCAAAAGAGGAGGGUUUAAGAAAAGAUACGACGAAUUUCAAGAUUAUUAAGCUAGCCAAACGAUUGAAAGAUAAAUGGGUGACAUUCUUUAAGAAUUAUAAUAACAACUUGUUUAAAUUUUUGAGGAAAAAGGAAGGGCUUAUUAGCCGUGGUAAAAUAAAAGAAGUGAUUGAUAAUGAUAAUAAUAAAAAUAAAAAUAAUGAUAAUAAUAAUAAUAAUAAAAAUAAUGAUAAUAAUAAUAAUAAUAAUUAUUAUUAUUAUUACAAUAAUAAUAAUAAUCAGAGUCAUUAUAUGAAACACGAAAGGAAUGAUUAUUAUAAUAUAUUUUGUCACUCUCAUGACGAAGAUAGUGUUCUUGAGGAGGUAAACAUAUUUGAUAAUAUUAAAAAAGAAAUAAAAUAUUUACUUAUGCAUGUGGAUAAUUUUUGUGAGAAUGAUUUGUUGAAUUUUUUAUGUGUUAAUAAUAUAUUAUUUUAUAUAUAUGAAAUAUAUAACAAUGUUGAUAUAAUAUAUUUGAUUCGCUUUUUUUCGUUAUGUGAUUAUUAUAAAUAUAAUUUUGAAUAUAUUAAUAUUAAGAAGGUUUUAUAUCAUAUGAAUAUGUUAUUAAAUAUACAUACACAUAUAUGUGUUAACACUUUUGAAAAUAUGAAAAAUGAAUAUAUAUCAAGAUGUAAUUUUAUAUAUAUUAAUGUCUUAUUGUUGUCAUUAUUUGAGUAUAAUUUAUUUUUUGUUUUUAAAUUUAUUUCAUAUUAUUGCUUAAUAAAUUCUUGUGCCUUGUUACAAUUUUUGCCAUGCUUAUUAUAUGUGUAUAAUAUAUCUUAUGAAAAUUAUUUUAUUCAUAAUAAAUACUUGAAGCUGAAAAAGAUGAGUGACGAAUAUAAUGGUACAUGGUAUAAUAAAAAUAAUAAGGAGGGGGUUGUGAACAUGGGUUAUUAUGGUGUCCUUAGGAGUUUAAUACUUGACGUGUUAUCAAAAAUUGGUUGUAGUAAUAAUAAUGUUCCCAUUAUAUAUAAUUGUUUUGGUUUUUUGUUGAAGGAUAGGCAGGUUAAAAAAAGUGCACAUAAUAAAGCAUAUGGAAAUGAUGAUGGUGAUGAUAAUUAUGAUGGUGAUGAUUAUGAUGAUGGUGAUGAUAAUUAUGAUGGUGAUGAUUAUGAUGAUGGUGAUGAUUGUGAUGAUGAUGAUAAUUAUGAUGAUGAUGUUUAUUAUGAUGAUUCAAGUAACAGUUGUUUUAAUAAAGAUAGACAUAAAAGAGAUACUUCCUUUUUAGCCUUUAACAAAUUAUAUUUAUUAUAUUGCUAUGAUAAAUUAUUAGAUUAUAAUGAUAAUAUUAUGAGCAAAUAUUUUAAGUACAUAGAAAAUGAGCUGGUGCAAAUUCUUGAAAAGGAUAAUAAAGAGAGUGAGAAAAAAGGUUUGAAGAAAACAAAAGAAAUAAAUGAAAUAUCACUAGAUAUUAAAGAAGACCAAUCAAAGGAUUAUAUAUAUGAAGAUAUUAACAUAUUAUUUGAUUUAAAAAAUGUGUUAAUAUUAUUAAAAGUAAGUCGGUUUUAUAAUGUAGGAAUUUAUAUAAAUAUCAUAGUAAAAUUAAUAAAUUUAUAUUUUAAGAAAUAUAAGAAGAAGAUUUUAUAUAAUAAUUUUUAUAAUAAAAUACAAAAUAGUGUUAUAAAAAUAUGUAUAUAUAUUUUAUUAAUAUUGUCUUUGAAGAAAUAUGUUGAAUUUGAAAUAAUAUAUAAUUUAUUAAAAAAAAACUUUUUAAAGACAUAUGACAAUGAUUUUUGUAUAUUUAAUUUGGAUAUUAUUCGUUCUAUAAUUAUAUUUAGUAGAUAUUAUAUUAAUAAUUUAAUUUAUAAAGAAGACAAAUUAUGUAAUGAAGAAUAUGAUAUUCUAUAUCAUACAAAAAUAAAAUAUAUAUUUAAAGAUUUUACAAAAUUGUUAUCAUUAAAUAAUCAUUAUAUUAUAGGAGAAAUAGUAAAUGUUGUAUCAUCUAUUUAUUUAGUAUAUAAUAAUUGUAUGACUUGUGGAGAAAAUGAAUAUACAAAUAAUGAUGAUAAUACAAAGAAUUUAAUAAAUAAUAAUAAUAAUAAUAAUAAUAAUGAUAAUGCGUUGGAGGGGGAUAUAGAUAUAAAAAAUGAAAAAAAAAAAAAAAAAAAUAUUAUAAAAAAUAAGGAUUAUACAAUAUAUGAUUUAUCGGUAUAUGAAAAAAAAGAAAUAAUUCAAUUAUAUUUUGAUAAAUCUUAUAUAUUUGUAUCAUUUUUGAAAAAUAAUGACAUACCUUAUAAUAUAUAUGAGAAUUUACAAAAAAUGGUUUUAAAAAAUGAAAUACAGAAUAUGUCUUUUUAUAAUUUACGAAAUCAAAAUGAAAUAAAAAGUAAUUAUUUGAUUAGGGUAUUAUAUAAAUUUUUUAAUACAAAUAUGAAAAAAGAUAAAAAUUGUAAUUUCCAAUUUUUUUUUAAAUUAUUAUUCACAGAUAAAUUCCACAAUAUUGAGGAAAUAAUAUUGUUAUUUAAAAAUUUGUAUUUUUUUAAUAUUCAUUUAAUAUCCUUAUUUUUUUAUAUCCUUGAUUGUUUUUUUCAAAAGUUAAAAAAGAAAAUAAUGAGUAAUGAGCUUUUUAUAGUACAUGUAGAAAAUAUAAACCAAAAAUUAAGUACUUACUCGGAUGAUACAAAUGUUAGUGAUGAUAAGAAAAAAAAAAAUAAUAAUAAUAUAAAUGUGGAUGGUAUUAACAACUUUGAUCAGUAUGAAGGAAAUCUUUUAUAUAAUAAUAUUCAUAGAAACGAUGAUAAUAAGAAGAAAACAAAGAAAGUGUUAAAUAAUAAUAGUAAUAAUAAUAAAAAGAAUAGAAAAGUGUCUUAUGAAUAUGUGUUUAAUAAAAUAUAUGAAGAAAUAAAUAGAAGAUUAAAAGAGGAAAAUUUUAAUAUAUAUGUAUUUUAUCCAAUAUUAAGCAUAUUAUGUAAAUAUAAUAAUGAUAUUAAUAAAACGUUAUUUUUUUUUUAUGAUAUUAUUGAUACGUAUAUAAAAGAUUGUAAUAAUAAAUUAUCGAUUAAUAGAAAUGAAAUCGUUCUUAUUUUGCUUUGCUUAAAUUAUAUGCACGUGAACAUUUCUUCUAUUCCAAAUUUUUAUACCUAUUUAAUAAAAUUAUACAACAAAAUGGAUGAGAUAUAUAUAAAGAACGUGCUUUUGUAUUGUUUAUGUUCAUGUCUUUGUUAUACAGAUAUGUUAGACCGUGAUAUUAUGAAUAUUUUGGUUAUGCAUUUCAAACAUUUAAUGUGUAUAUUUAAAUGUAUGGAACAAAAUAAUAAUAAAGUAGAUGCAGAGAAUAUAGAAUCUUUGUCCAAUGGUGUGGAUAAAAAAAGUGGGAUUCUUUUUGUACAAGAAAGUGAAAUUUGUUGUAAUACAAAAAAGUUUGAUGAUGAAGACAAUUUUUAUUUUUAUAUAUCCUUGAAUAAUCUUACUUUUUAUAUAUACAAGCAUUAUAAUAAUAACAAUAAAUUUGAUGAUUUGUUAAUAAAGAUAUAUGAGAUUAUAAGAAAUGAUUUGACAAAAGAUGUGAAUGAUAUAGUUGUAUGUAUAACAAAUAUGAUGAUAUAUUUGUAUAUAAGGAAAUUAUUGAAUAUAAAUGAUUUAGCGAAUAUGAUAGAAAUAAUUGUGAAGAAUAUAAAGGAUAAUAAUAUUUUGUAUGAAUCGAAGUAUAUAAUAUAUGGAUUGUGUUGUAUUUAUGAAUUUUUAACAUAUUAUUAUAAAAAAAAUUAUGACUGUUUUGUUUAUGAGGAUAAGUAUAUGAUGGAUGGUAGCUCACGUAAUAAAUAUAAUGAAAAAUGUGGUGAUAAUGAUGAUGGUAGUAGUAGUAGUAAUAUUUGUGUGAAGGUCAGAAUACACCACCUGAGUACGUGCGUUAAAAAAUUGAUUGUCAAAUAUUUUCAAGAGUCAGAAGAUAAAAAUAUUAGUAUACUUUCAUAUUUGAAUAUAAUAGGUAUAAAAAAAAAUAUAUGUAAAAAUAUAUGUGGAGAUUAUUUUAAUAGAAAUGAAUAUUGUAACAUGAUAAUAUUGUUUAUAAAUAAAUUUAUAAAAAAAGAUUUUGAAAUAAAACGAAAAGCAAAUAAAAAUAAUAUUAUAUUGGCUGAUGAAGAUGUGGAUAGUGGAAAUGAUAAAAAGUAUGAUGAUAUAAAAAAUGAGAAGAAAAAUUAUGGAAACAUAAUUAUAGGUAAUGAAGAUUAUGAUGAUGAUAAUGAGAAGUUAUUUUUUUAUAGUGAAAAUAAUUAUAAAAUAAAUAAUGAUAUUAUAAUGAAUGAUCAUAAUAUUAUCCUGGUGUUUGUUUUUCUUUUUUGUUAUAAAUAUUAUGAUAGUUUUAGUGAUUUACAAAUUAAUAUAGAAAAUUUAGAUAAAUCUAAAAUGAUAUAUUUACUUUUUAGUUAUAUAUUAAAUGUGGAGAAUUAUUUAAAGAGUUUUUUGAAGACAUGCGGGGUGUUGGAUAUUGAUGAGUACAUGAUGAACGGGAGAGUUGAGUGUGAUGAUAUAAGGGAUAAGUUAUUUGUAAGAAAAAAUACGAUGGACGAACAUAAUAAUGAUGAUGAUAACAAAAACGAUUUUAAUAAUAAUAAUAAUAAUAAUAAUAAUAACAAAAACGAUUUUAAUAAUAAUAAUAACAACAAUAUUAAUAAUUAUAACAACAACAAUAUUAAUAAUUAUAAUAACAAUAUUAAUAAUACUAAUUAUUGUAAACCCUUUUGUGGUUUAUCCUAUAUAAACUUUUUUAGUGAUGAUUUAUUCAUUUAUCUAAGAAAUUUUUUGAAAAGCAUGAAAUUAAUCAAUUUUAUAAAAUUGGAUGUGAACAUAAAAAAUAAUAUUAUGAACAUAUACUCAUAUAUUAUGAAAUUAAUAAGAUUGUACUAUAUAAUAUUGGAUGUUAUAUUAUUAGAAAUGAGAGAUGAUACAAAUAAUAAAUUAAGAAAAUAUUAUAAGAUAUAUAAAGAAUAUAUUAAAAAUAUUCAAAUAUUAUAUGAAUGUCGAGUUAUAAUAUUUGAAUAUUUUUCACUUUACUCACAUCAUAAUAAUUCUUAUAGUAAUAUUUUUUGUAAUUUUAGUAAUUAUUUUUAUACCUUUAGUACAUACGAAAAAUAUAUGUACAUAAAAUGUAUAUGUAAUAUGAAGAAAAUUAAAAAAGAAGAAAUAAAAUUCUUAUUUCUAAACAUAAUGAAAAGUUUAGGUCCUUUCCAUGUAAAUAGUUCUUUGUGGAUAUAUGCUAUAUCUAUUUUGAAGAUAUUAUUAAAAAGAAUAUACAAAAUUGUAAAGGUAGGAAAGACAUCAAACCAAAAAAAAAAAAUUAACAUAACAAACAAUAUUUGUAAUAAUAACAGUGGAAUUCAUAACAAACGUGAUGAUAAUAAUCUUAUGAUGAAUGAAGAUACAUGUUAUAAAGGUGGUGUAGAUAAUCAUAUGAAAAAUGAUGAUGAAGAAAAUUCCUAUGAUUUAUAUGAAUAUAUAAAAUUUGCGUUUAUUACCAUAUUUAAUGAAGCCAUUUUAAGUAUAUAUAAAGAACAUUAUUAUAAUCAUUAUACAAAUGAUGAUUUAUUAAAUGAUGAAAAGGUAGUAGAUGAUGAUAUGUAUAAAGAUAAAUGUAACAACCCUUUGUAUAAUAAUAAUAUAAAGGAGAAAAAAUCCAAUUCUGCGGUUUCUAAUAAUUAUAAAAUACGUUAUGUUGAUUUUCCUUUACAUAUAUUGAUGUGUAUAGCUGAUUAUUUGUUGUAUAUUUUUAAAAUAAUUAUAAUAGAAAAGUUUGAUGAAGAAAUGAAUAUAUAUGAAAUGUUGAAAAAUUUACCUGCAUUAAUUCAAGGUUAUGUUAUAUUAAAUUUAAAAGAAUCCUUUAAAAAAUUAAAUUUUAUAAGAAAUAAAAUAUUAUUUUAUAUAAGCGAUUAUAAAUUUAAUUUUAUGGAAGGGUUAAAAGAUUUUUAUAAGGUUUGUGAAAAAAAAAAAAAAAAUCAAGAGCAACACAAAUUAUUAACAAUAAGAUUUGACUAUAAAAAAAUGAGAGAAUAUAUGAGAAAUAUUUUUAUGAUAAGAGAAUGUGUAUGUUUAUCUUAUAUAUUUAGUUUAUUUUGUGAUAAAUAUAAGAUAUUGGAUAGCUUGUUAUGUAUGUAUAAUAUGAAUGAUAUAAAUAAGGAAUAUUUAUAUAUUUUAAUUACUUCUUUUAUUUUAUUUUCCUUGAGAAGUAUGAAUACUUCUUUUUUUUUGAAGAAUGUUCUUUAUGGUAUAGAGGGCAUGAAUAAUAUGAUAGAUAAUAUGGUUAACCAUGUGAACAUGAAUAAUGAUAAUGAUGGUGAUGAUAAUGAUGAUGAUGAUAAUGAUGAUAAUGAUAAUGAUGAUAAUAAUAAUGAUGACAAUAAUGAUGACAAUAAUGAUGACAAUAAUGAUGAUAAUAAUAAUAUAAUGACAUAUGAUAAGGGGGAAAAAAAAAAAAAAAAAGAGCGAAAUUCCAUUUUUAUGUUCAACGAAAAAAACAAAUCAUCAUAUAAAGGUGUUGAUACAUAUAUGUAUCAAGAUAUUUAUAAUUAUGAAAAGAAAAAUUUUAUUAUAGAUGAAGAAUUUGUAAGAACAAAAAUGAGAAAUUCAUUUCAAAGAUACAAAAACAAAUUAUAUAAAGAAUCAAAUUUGUUAAAAGAGAAAUUUUUAAGUAGUACAGAUUAUUUUUUUUUAAAAAAAUUAGGUAUAUAUUUUUUGAUAAAAAGGAAUGAGAAAACAGCUGUUCUAUGUCGAAAGUAUAAUAAGAUAGUUUCAUUUUUUCAUGUAAAUUAUAAAAGAGAUGAUUUAUUUAUAAAAAAUUUUGAUAUGUGUAUAAAUAACAAAAAUGUAAUACGAUAUGUAGAUAAUCCUGAUAUAAUAAAUAACACCUAUUUAAAUAAUAGUUUUUUUAAUAAAAAUAAUACAGAAAAUUAUUCUGUAUCAUUUGAACAUGAGACAUUUUCUAAAUACCUUAGUGUUCCUUUAUUUAUGAAGGAUAUAUUUACAUUCUUUACUCUGAGUUUAAAUAAAAAUAUAAUAGUUUAUAAUUAUAAGCAGUUAUUUCAAAAGCAAACAGUAAAAAAAAAAAAUAAUCCUACUACUACGAAUAAUAAUAAUAAUAAUAAUGAUGAUGAUAAGAAAAAUGUCGAGGAAAAAAACAAAUGUACCGAGAAUUAUCCAGAUACAAAUAUAAAUAAUAAAGACCUAAAAAAUGAUAAUCUAAAAAUAAAUAAUUUGAAUACAUCAUGUUUAUAUUUUUCAUCAGAGAGUUCAGAUUCUUUUAAUCAUGAUAAUAAUAGAAAUGUGGAAGAGAAUAUUUUCCGUACUAAGCAGAAGAAAAAAAAAAAACUUUUAUUAUAUGACUAUAAUAUAAUAAAUUAUUUAAAUAAUGGAAAUUAUUGUUUAAACAAUUAUGAAUUGUAUAUAGCUAAUAUAUGUUUUAUGGACAAAAAUAUUAAAAAUGAGAUUUUCUCAAAUAAGAAAAUAAAAAAUAUCACGAAGAAAUUUAUUCUUCAUAAGAAUUGCUCAUGUUAUCAUGAGAUAUAUGAUCAAUUUUAUUUAUUACAAUCACUUUUUAAAAAUUUUACAUUGUUUUUCUUAAUGUUUUCAAAAAAUUAUGUUAUCAAUAAUUCUAUCUUUUUUAUUCCUGAUGAUAAAUAUUUUGUUAUCCACAAGGUUAUAAAUGUUUUAUACCAACAUUACCAACAUAAGUAUAUGCACAAAAAUUAA